GUUUAGCGUGUUACACAGGAAGUAGUCCUGAAUCAUCCCGGCGACCUGUUUAGAAGUACUCGCACCACCAAAUCAUUACAUGUUCACAUAAUUUAAAAUUGUGUCAUAUACCUCGUUCAUAAUGCUGAUCAAAGUGAAGACUCUGACUGGAAAAGAAAUAGAAAUUGACAUUGAGCCCACAGACAAGGUGGAGCGAAUUAAAGAAAGGGUGGAAGAAAAGGAAGGCAUACCCCCUCAGCAACAAAGACUCAUCUACAGUGGAAAACAGAUGAACGAUGAGAAGACGGCAGCAGACUACAAAAUCCAGGGAGGCUCGGUGCUCCAUCUGGUGUUGGCGCUAAGGGGAGGGAAGGCGCACCACACACCUGACGUACAACUCGCCUCGUCAUGAACGGCGCUCAAUGCGAUGCCAGCCGUGUGCCAACGCUUUCGGUGUCCUGACAUCAUUUAACCUUGUUACGAUAAAAACAAAAUCGCCUCUCCCACACACAAAAAAGAGAAAAGGUAUUGUGUUCCCUUUGUGAUUGUUUUUGUAACCCACAUUGGCUUUCUGAGUGGAACCUGUUCAUGACAGGCACUCUUGCAGAGUUUUAACAAUGCUGUGGUAAUUGCUUGUGAAUAAAUGCUCAAGUUGA